GAGGCUGGAGGAGAGGAAGAAUGGAUGGAGAGAGGUAAACAAUAUGAGAGACUGAGACAGACGACAGGAAUAGAGGAGGAGGGGGAGGAAAGGAUGAAGAUAGAGGGAGAGGAGCAGAGAGAAAGGAUGGAUGUAGAGGAGGAGCCGGGACAGAAAGAUGUGAUGAAAGGAGAGAAGGAGGUGGGGACUACCACUGACGAGGACAGUCCGAUAGACCCUCACCCCAAUGCAGACCCGGCUACUCAGAAUCACAUACACUUUGAUGCCCCCUCACACACACCUCAUAACCCCACCACUCAGAAUGACCACCCCCCCCCCUCAGGUUACCCCAUAGACCUCCAGAGACCAUUGGACUGUCCCAUAGAGCGACCCCCAGACCUACCCCACAAGGACCAAGAGGACUUCUGUGAGAACAUGUCCACUCAGUCUGACAACCACUCAGUCUUGUCCAGUCUCUCCUCUCAGUCUCCCCAUGCCUCACCCUGCCUCACCCCUCCAUCUGACUUCCCUCCUCCUCUCCUGCCUGUUAGCCCCUCCCACUCAGAGACCCUCAGCCUAUCACAGAGCCGCUCUGAGACCCAUAGCCUAUCAGAGCGCGAGCCUUGGACACAGAGGGUGUGGCCAGAGGGCGGGAGGCGUGUCUUAACUCACCUGGUGGAGGGCUUCGUCAUACAGGAGGGGCUGCAGGCGUUUCCGGUGAACCGCUCAUCUCUGUUGUUGGGAGGGCAGGAGGGUGUCUCCCAGAAUGGGAACACAGAGGGGGCGGAGUUAUUACCAUUGACAGACACACCAGAGCCACCGGAACAUUCCAGUGAAUCAGAACGAGUGGGUGUGGCCACAGAUGACCCGCUGACAGGUACCAGAGAGAGACAGAGGGGGGUAUUACAGUGUGAGUCUUGUGGGAAGAGAGGCCAUGCCCACUCCUUCCACCGCUCCAAAAGAUACUGCUCCACUUCCUGUGCCCGCAGGCUUAAUGUAGGGAUGUCUAAACGUCUGCGUGCUCUGAGUGCAGGCAGCCAGCCAGAGGGGCGGCGCUCUGAGAUAAACAAGGAGGAGUCUGUUCCUGGGAAGCCCCUCUUACUGCGACUGCCCCGCGAAAUAUGGAGCGCCCAUCGCCGUGACUACGAAGGGGAAGAAGGGCAUGCUGUUCCCAUAACAACCAGGCUGGAGCGCAGAGCUGCACGGAGGGCAAGGAGGGCAUCAGAGCCAGCGAUGACCCCUAGUAACCCCACCGUGACCUCUACUGAACCCACACCUGCACAGUGGAGUGUAGAGCAAGUCUGGGACUUUAUACACACACUGCCAGGUUGUGUGGAUGUUGCAGAGGCGUUCCGUGUUCAGGAGAUAGACGGCCAGGCCCUGCUGCUGCUCACUGAGGACCACCUGAUGACCAGCAUGAACAUCAAACUGGGACCAGCGCUCAAGAUCUGUGCCCACAUCAACACACUCAGACACACAUAGAGAGGGAGAGAUGGAGGUGUGGUGGGAUGGUGGGUGGAGGAGAAUAUAGAGAGGGGGAAAAAGGGAGGGGUGGGGGGACGGUCUAAGGCACUGCAUCACAGUGCUUGAGGCGUCACGACAGACCCGGGUUCGUUCCCAGGCUGUGUCACAACCGGCCUUUGACCGGGAGUCCAAUAGGGCGGCAAACAAUUGGCCCAGCAUUGUCCGGGUUAGGGGAGGGUUUGGCCGGCGGGGCUUUACUUGGCUCAUCCUGCUCUAGUGACUCCUUGUGGCGGGCCGAGCGCCUGCAGGCUGACUCCGGUAGUCAGUUGAACGGUGUUUCCUCCGACACAUUGGUGCAGCUGGCUUCCAGGUUCAGCGGGCGGGUGUUAAGAAACACGGUUUGGUGGGUCAUGUUUCGGAGGACGCAUGACUCGACCUUCGCCUCUCCCGAGCCCUUUUUGGAGUUGCAGCAAUGAGACAAGGUCGUAAUUGGAUAUCACGAAAUUGGGAAGAAAAGGGGGUAAAAAAAACAAAAGAAAAAGUGAGGGAAAAUAGUGAUUGAUAGAUGGGAGAAGAGAGAGAGGGGAGUGGAGAAGGGGGGGAAAACAAGAGAUCAAUUCAAGAGAUUAUCAACUGAGAGCAAUCAGUGAGAGAGGUAGGGGGAUUUUGUUAUAUUCUGUUGUGUCUAUGUACAUAUUUUACAAUGCAGUCUAUUGGUUGUAAAUCUUAAACAUUUUCAUGAAGGAUUGUAAAAUACAGUAUGUAUUUGUCUGUUUGGUAAUUAUUUUAGAAUGUGGUGUCACAUGAAAACUGUCAAAUCUGUUUUGAUUUUACACAGCUGAUACACAGAUUUUUUUUGUUUCACUGUGUGGAAAAUAAGGUCUUAACUAAAGAAAUGAUUACUUUUUAUAUAUGAUCUGAGAAAAAAGUUAGGUCUUGUUUGUCUCAUAACCAUGUCGUUUUGUGAGAUUUCUUAAUUUUUUUUCUCUUAUCCUUCCUAUUCAAACUCUGUAAUAAAUGAAACUAACUUAUGCA